AAAAGUGUUAAUGGAAAACUACGGAAAAACAAUACAAACAAGGUUGCUGAAUUAUUCAAUGUUCGUCGAUCAGCAGUGUGGAGGAUUUGGAAGCGUGCAAAGCAAUGCCAGGCUAAUGGAAUACCAGUUGAUAUCAGCUCUAGAAAGCCCAAGAAUUGUGGCCGAAAAAAGGUUCAGGUUGACCUAUCACAAGUUCCUACAAUUCCACUGCGCAGAAGGUCGACUAUAAGAUCUCUAGCUGAAGCUUUAGGUUUAAAUAAAAGCACAGUACAUAGGCUGUUCAAACAAGGACUCCUAAGAAGACAUUCUAACACAAUCAAGCCAUAUUUAACGGAGGCAAACAAAAAGGAAAGAUUGUGGUGGUGUGUUUCAAUGCUAGAUCCAAAGUAUAUUGCAAACUGAACAAAAGUUUAUUGAAAUGGAUAACAUCGUUCACCUAGAUGAGAAGUGGUACAACGCCACUAAAAGGGAUAUGACCUAUUACUUGCAUCUAGACGAGGAUGAACCACACAGGACUGUGCACAAUAAGAAUGCCAUUGGAAAUGUGAUGUUCUUAACUGCAGUUGCCAAGCCUAGAUACGACAAUCAAGGCAAUUGCACAUUUGAUGGCAAGCUAGGCAUCUGGGCUUUUGUAAGAAAGGAACCUACUAAAAGGAGAAGUGGCAACAGACCAAGAGGGACACUCAUCACUAAGACAGUGAAGGUUUAUAGGGACACUAUGCGCUCGUACAUGAUUAGUAAAGUCUUAUGGGCCAUCAAAACUCGUUGGCCUCGAGAAGAUGCAGGGAGAACUAUUUGGAUUCAACAAGAUAAUGCUAGAACUCAUGUCCCAGUUGAUGAUGAAGAAUUUGCUAGAGCAGUAGCCCAGAGUGGGCUUGACAUCCACCUCAUCAACCAACCUCCUAAUUCCCCUAACAUGAAUGUUUUGGAUCUAGGAUUUUUUGCUUCUCUUUAGUUGAAGACAAAUACAACAAGCUUUAGAAACUUUGGAUGAAUUGAUUGCAAAUGUCGAGAAUGAA